CUCGCGCCCGCGCCCCCCGCGCGCCCCCGCGCCCUCCCGGAGCGACCAGUUCUGCGAGGUAGUGGCACUCGCAAAAACUGCCACAGUCCCGCCGCAAGCCUCCGACCUAUUUGUUUUGGUAAUAACCAAUAAUCGCGGCCAGUCCAGCAACUCGCGAGUGUCACACAAUGCCUGCGCUGCCGGAGCCGUGGUGUCGCGAGUGUCUAGUGUCGAUUGUGUAGUGUCGGCGGGAGAUGUCGCGUGCAACAACAUGCUCGCCGUCCGCCAUGCGAAGUACCUGGGUUCGUUCCCGGUGGCCGGCGGCGAGCCGGCGGCGCGCGGCGACCAGGUCUCCGCGCAUUUACAACUCAUGAAGGAGAACGGGCGUGCGGUCCCGGUGCUGGUGGUGGUCGCGCUCUCGGGGGUCAAAGUAUGCGACCCCGACGACCAGAGCGUGCGCAUGGUCCACGCCCUGCGUCGCAUCUCGUACGCGACGUGUGAGUCUGCGCGCGCGCUGUUCGCGCUGGUGGCGCGCGAGCCGCGCUCCGAGCCGCCGCACCACUACUGCCACGCCUUCCAGACCGACACGCCCGAACAGGCGGAGGAACUGAACUCGCUGGUGGGAGAUGCUUUCCGAAUGGCGUUCGCGUCGCAGCUGCAGCCCUCCGCGCCGCUCUGGAGUAAGGAGCUAAGCGGGAGCGACUGCGGCAUGGGAGUCCGCGCGCCAGACACGCUGCCCGGCCUCACGCACCACUUCUGUAGCGACAGGUCCCCAGCGAAAUGCAACAUAAUGGGAGUAUCGAAGCUAGUGAACGAGCCGAGCCCGAGCAGCUCGGAGGAGUCCAACUCCCCGACGGAGCUGAACUGCUACCGGCGGCUGGGCGAGCGCCCGCCGCUCAUGAAGCGCCUGGCCAUGGGGCUCAGCGGGGCGCUGCUGCAGCCCUCCGACGAUGACUCCACGCCACUCGUCGCAGACACGCCUACCACGCCCACAAAUCUGCCACUAUGCAUGAACGGUGGGUACAUCAACGAAGCGUCGGAGGCGGAGGCUCGCACGCGGGAGAGCAACCGCGAGCCCCCCGCCGUGCCGGCCGCGCCGCGCCGCACCGAGCUGAUGGCGCACGACCUGGACGUCGACUUCAGGAGGUGCAACAAUAUCAAAAAUAGUGAGUCGGCGGCGUGUAGUCGCACGACGUCGUCGUCGUCUGGCGCGUCGUCGUGCGGCGGCGUGCCGGCCAACAACAACGUGCCGCGCGCCGAGCCAGAGCUGCGCCAGGCACCCUGGUUCCAACAUGGCAUACCACGAGAGAUAGCCCUGGAAGUGCUGAGUUCGCAGCCGGUGGGCGCGUUCCUGGUGCGCGGCAGUACGACGCAGGCUGGCUGCUUCGCGCUGUCCGUGCGCGUGCCGCGGGACUUCACGCCCGCAGGCAUCGCGCACUACCUCAUACUGCGCACGCCUAAAGGAUAUAAAAUCAAGGGCUUCACGAAGGAGUUCACGUCCCUGUCUGCGCUGGUGACGCACCACAGCGUGAUGCCGGAGCUGCUGCCGGUCCCGCUGCGAGUGUCGCGCGCGGCCCGGCCCGCGCCGCGCCGCGACCACGCCGACCUGGACGCGCUGGCCCGCGCGCACCGCGCCGAGCGCCGCGACAACCACACCGCGCCGCACCCACACCACCACUUCCUCGCACAGCUCGACGUCUAGCUCCGCGUCGCACACUGUGACGUCACGUCACAACACACGUCACCUUAUUUCCAUUUUUAGUCAAACGAAGUUUGGAAUGAAUACAAGCGAAAGGUGUGAUCAGCCAACUGAUGCGUGUACAAAAAUUCUUAGAUAGUCAGGAAUUCUAUAAACGUAACUUGUAGAGUAACUUGAAGAGAGUUAUUAACUUCUCACAAAUACUAAGCCAUUGCACCUAAAUAAAAAAGUACCUUUACGUUAUAGUGCUGACCACAGAAAAGAGAAAUAUUAUCUUUUGUCAGGUUCUGCGCUGACUACCUACAAAUGUUUGUACAUUCAUGAAUAUCCAGAACAAAUUAGAAAAUAAAUACUCAUGUAUGUUUGUUGGGAAUAUCAUGUUUGCUGUUAUAGUCACUAAGAUAGAACGUAAUAAUAUAACAUAAUAAUUUGAUUUGCGAAAGGAUAGUUUCAAGAUUGCCAUUGUUUGAUUCUUGAUCAAUAUUUAGAAUAUACAAAGUAAUAUCACUCAUCAAUUGAAUAAUGUUAUCGAUACUUGAAUUAAAACCAUAGAAAGAACAAUAAAACGCACAUAUAUUUAUAACAAUACAUAAUACUUACUAAAUCACUAUUUACUCACUUCGAUGAAACGUUACAAUAAUGAUUAUCUUCGCAUUAAAACUAAUUAUUCACUGUUAUACAAAACAUAAUAAAUAUGAAAAAAUAUAAGAUUUCUAUAUAAUGAUAAUGAAAGAAGAAUAUUAUCUAAAAUAGUCAAGUUUAGGGAGUCAUUAAAUUAUUGUAUGUUGUCUAGUAACUGUUGGUAAGUUCUCUUUGUAAGAAUAUUGUGAUAAAUAUCAUACUUAGGGUGUGUACGCAAAUGUAAAAAAUAUAUUUGUAAAGAUAUAAUGUGUAUAUGGAUUGUAAUUAUUAGGAGAUUCGUGUCAUAAUCAUAGUUUGUAUGAUAGCUAUAGUGGGGGGACGCGUGUAGUCGGGCUUUGGCAACGGUACGCCUGUUUCAGUUGCACGAAGGUAAUAUCGGCAAUGUAUUUAAUGUUAACUGUCUUAGUUUGUCACGUAAUCACAUGAUUGAUGUACUUGCAAAGGAUAUACGUUAAGUCCUUUAUUGCAAUAUUCAAUAUAUCCUCUGUCAAUGUAUACUAGAUGCGGAGCCUGAAUAACUAUCAUGAUAAAGAAAAAGUUAAAGUCUUCUUAAGAUAUAAUUCAUUCACGGUACGUGUAGUAUUUGAAACAGGAGUAUCGUUGAGUUUGAACUAGUUUGCGCUUAAAUUGUUUAAUUACAUUGUGUAGGUAUGUUCUAGUCGAAUGAUGUACAGCAGCGCGAGCACGGAUUAUACCACACACUUGUUAUUUGUAGAUACUCCACGGGUCCACGGCGCGUGGUGUGUAAUGUGUAUGUUUUACAGUCAAGUUAUGCUCUGUUGUCGACAUGUCAGACCUGCUUGGUAGUUUUGUAGUCCCAUAUUGAGAGCAACUCUUAAUACCUAGAUAAAAGCAUUAUCUUUUUCAUAAUUAUGUCUAAUAGGUAAUAUAACUGUUUAAUAAAAAAUAUUAUUAAAGAUCUCAUAAUUAUGAGCUCUAGUAUAGCUCGAAAUUAGUUGGGGAUCCUUGAAUAGUUUCGAGCUUGUUUGCCAGUGAACCCUAAAUAUUAUUUACCUUUGCCUUUAUUAAUUCUAUAUAGUUACACGAAAAUUAAGGUAAAACAAAUAUCUGGUGUGUCGACAACCGUGAAACUUUUACAAGAAUAGAGUAAACAUCGGAGCACGGCGACAGUGUCGCCAUCUCUCGGUGUAAGUUGUAAACAAGUUGCCUUUUAGCGAGUACCUACACUGCGGCUUCGCGUGUGUGACGCACAGACACACAGACUGAGGAUAAGAUUCAAGAAUGUUAUUAAAGAAACACGUAACACAAAUAAAUCCCUUACGUUUAGAAAUGUUGUUGAUUCUCUUUUGCAAAGAAUACUAAACCAUGUUGUUAUUUAGUCAGUGGUCUGUGUGUCUGUCCGUCACACAAAAUGUUGUUUGUUAUACACUGCCUUAGUACGGAUCGUUUGUAUAAACGUAACGAUAUCAGUAGCUUAGUCUGUUGAUGUUUACUGUGACUUGCCAUCGCAAUUACUACCUUAUUGUUAGGACAUUAGCACUUGACAGUUUUAAUAUGGCAACUGGUAGAACUAUUGAUCUGUACUUGAAAUGCUUUAAAACCUUCAUUAAAGACCUAUUUACUUUAUCGUAUCUGAAGCUAGAUAUCUGAGCCCUUUUAGCAACCAUUUGUAUUUGAAAAAAAAAUAGCAUCCUUAUAUACUUGUCUUAAAUCCGAGUUUGUUGGUCUAUUAAUACUUAUUUCACCUUGAAGCAAAUUUCAGACUUUUGUUUCAUACUGAUGCAUUGCAAUGCAUCCGUGAUAAAAGAACAACUAUCUGUAAUACGUUAAUUAUGCAAAAAUAUACUUUAUGUUCCAUAAAAGUAUUCAGUGCUUAAAACUCAUAUUAGUAUACAUAUACAGCGAUAGUAUAUAAUGUGCUCAUAUCACGGCUCGUAGCAACACGUUUACUCUCGACAAUUUUCUAGAUCAUCUUCUAUUUCACUUUCACACUCUUGACACCAGAUGUCGCCAUGUGAAACGUCAGUUUUGUACCUAAUAAGCGAACUUUAUCCACCUUUACAAGUGUAGUUGACUACAUCAGUGAAACUAAUAAUUUAUUUACGUAUAAAUUAAAUAAAUAUCAAGAAUAUUA